CUUCCGGCGCGUUUCUGUGGCGGAUCCUGCUGCGAGACGCGGGCCUGCGACUACAACCUCGAGCCUUUUCCCUAAUUCCUGGGCGUUCGUUGUGAGUAGCCCGGCCACUUCUACUCCGGAUUCCGGGACUCGCUGAGUCGCCUGAACCCCGGGAUUGUUGCCUCCCGGCCUGACGGCCGGCGAAGGGGCCCUGAAAGCCUUUCUCUGAGAAAACGCCGCCGGAGACUCCGGGCCGGACCUGCGGGACACCUGAGUUCUAAAAGACAAGGUUACCUACCACUGGUCUCAUGGCUGCUAUGCAGAUGGACCCUGAGCUUGCCAAGUGCCUCUUCUUUGAAGGUGCCACAGUGGUUAUUCUAAAUAUGCCCAAAGGGACAGAGUUUGGCAUUGACUACAACUCCUGGGAAGUAGGGCCCAAGUUCCGUGGUGUGAAGAUGAUUCCACCAGGCAUCCACUUUCUCCAUUACAGCUCUGUGGACAAGGCCAAUCCCAGGGAGGUGGGCCCUCGUAUGGGCUUUUUCCUUAACCUGCAGCAGCGGGGGUUGAUGGUCCUGCGCUGGAAUGCAGUCCGGGAGGAGGUGGACCUAACUCCAGCUCCUGAGGCUGAGGUGGAGGUUAUGAGGGCCAACCUCCAAGAAUUAGACCAGUUUCUCGGACCUUACCCAUAUGCCACGCUCAAGAAGUGGAUCUCACUUACCAGCUUCAUCAAUGAGGCCACAAUAGAGAAGCUCCAGCCUGAGAGCCGGCAGAUUUGUGCCUUUUCAGAGGUGCUACCUGUGCUUUCCAUGAAGUAUACGAAGGAUCGGUUGGGGCAGAAUCUACCCAUGUGUGGCACUGAGUGCAAAAGCUACCAGGAGGGCCUGGCCCGGCUGCCUGAGAUGAAGCCCAAAGCUGGCACAGAGAUCCGUUUCUCUGAGCUGCCCACACAGAUGUAUCCAGCAGGGGCCACGCCAGCAGAGAUAACCAGACACAGCAUGGACCUGAGCUAUGCUUUGGGGACUGUGCUCAGCAAGCAGUUCCCCAACAGCCCUCAAGAUAUACUUGGUGAACUCCAGUUUGCCUUUGUAUGCUUCUUGCUUGGAAAUGUGUAUGAGGCAUUUGAGCACUGGAAGCAGCUCCUAAACCUCCUGUGUCGGUCAGAAGAAGCCAUGGUAAAGCACCACACCCUCUACAUCAACCUCAUCUCCAUCCUUUAUCACCAGCUUGGCGAGAUCCCCUCAGAUUUCUUUGUAGACAUUGUCUCCCAGAAUAACUUCCUCACCAGCACCUUACAGGUUUUCUUUUCCUCUGCUCGCAGCAUUGCUAUGGAUAACACACUGAGGCAAAAAGCUGAAAAGUUCCAAGCUCACCUGACCAAGAAGUUCCGGUGGGACUUCGAGGCAGAGCCUGAAGACUGUGCCCCAGUGGUGGUGGAGCUCCCUGAGGAUGUGGAGACUGGCUAAGUGGAAAUGUUUUGAUCUUUGGACACCCCCUUCCCACACAGCUGCAGUUCUGGUCACUUCAUUCACCAUUUUUUAGGACCUGCAAAAGUAGUGGUUCCGCCAGGUUCUGCAGAAAUGGAGCCAGAAUUCCCUCCAUUACCAGCAAAUAAGUUCCUUUAAUGCCAAAGAAACUGUUCAUCAUGAAGGCACACUUGGGACUUCCCUGUUAGCCUAGCCUUGUGCUAGCCAAACUAAAUUUCAGAAUCUCUCAACUCCUAAGAUAAACUUUCCUCAGGAGAGAACGAUUUCCUUAUGAAAUCAAUCAGAAGAAACAGUCUCAAGUCAAGGAGAACUGCUUAUUCCAUUUGAUGGUUAGAAAACAAGAAGUCUGAGAGGUCAGUUGGUGACUUUGUUGAAGACACAUCAGAACUUCUGCUUGACCCUUGUCAAAUGGAACUACACGCAGAAAACUUGGCUGUGUUUUCUCAGGAGCCUCUGUUUGGGAAGGUUGUAAUAUAAGACACUUAGGUUAAGUCUGACAAGUAGUCGAUUUUACUCUCUCCUUCUGAGUCCCAUUCUCUUAUUCAGAGGUCCCAGUGGGUACUCUUUGAUGAUUGUUGUUCCAAAACCUAGGGGCCUUGAAAGUAUCACACCCCUCCCAUCAGUUCCAUUUUGAGGCCUCACACCCAGAAUUGGGACUUGGCAACCCUCCCAUAUGAGCCCCUUCCUAUAAACUUACAUACCAUGACUGUUUCUGAUGACCUGAAGCUUCAAAACAAAAAGAUUCUUAUUCUUAGCAGUCCUCUUCAGCAUUGUUGAAGUUUUCUCCCUCCUCUUUAGAAGUCUGGCAAUGACCUAGUUAACCCAGUUUUUCCAGUCCUUCUGUGGAGCUAUUGCCUAUCAGAGUAGCCAUACUUUGCUUUCUGGGAAUUCUGAGGGCACAUCCAUCAGGUACAUUGACAAUAAACCCUGACCUAAAACUGUUGCCCUAUUAUCACAGUUCCUGUGCUGUUCUUUCCCAAGACUACAGCACAACUAGAUUUCUGAAUGAGAAUCCCUGCUGGUUAAGACUUUCAGACCCACUUGUUUCCUUGGAGAUGCUUUUUUCCGAAAGUUUAAUGUACAUUAAAGUGUUUGAGUUGAAACUAAA